AAGGGCAGAGAUCUGACUGAUUUACCAGUUAGCUGAUCUGAUUGCACACAGGGAGGUGAGUAAGCUGAUCUAUGGGAAAAAGAGAAGUAACAUUGGACAGAAUGCAGGAAAGGAUUUGAAAAUGUUAAUGCAAGCUUGAUCCAUAGUGGAAGUUAGAGUUUUGAGAAAUCAUCUCAGAAUGAAAAGUAUGUCUCACUGGGACUCCCCAGAAGACUAAAUGGGGAAUUAUAUAAGCUUCACAGUCAAAAUAGCAUCAUAGAGGGCUGCAUCCUCUCAUCUUCUCCAUCAGAAAAGCAUGUGUCCUUCUUGGGACACUGUAAACCAUGGAUGGACUGAAACGGCUGUGAACCUCUGCCAAAGCCCGUCGACCAUCACAGCAUCAGUGGGAGAAGCUGCACGUGUUCAUUGCACACAGAGUGGAGAAGUGCCUCUCAGUCCUGCACAAAAGGUACUCCUAGGAGCAACUCACCUUGGGGAAACAGCACUGGUCUCACCUGAAAUGUCUUCCUUUGACUCAGAUGCACUUAGGCUACAUAAUGUUCUGUGGGCCACCAAGGAUGAUACAAGAGUUAUUUUGUCCUGGAACAAUAACCUGACAAAAGAAGAAACCAAGAAAUACACUGUGAAGUACAUUUUGAUUUAUAAGUUCUUCAAUACCACUAAGGAAAGGAAAGAAAGACUGCAGGAGAAGGAAAAGAUAAUACAUCUUAAGUUACACUCUGGUUUUAAUGCUAAAGUUAAGACACAACUUUUUGCAAAAGAAACAGAAGACAUAAUUAAGGAGAGUGACUGGACAGAAUUUACUUACAAGGCACCUCCAGUCUACAUUCAGAAUCUUUCGUGCAUCAUAUACAACAUUUCUUUUUUCAAUUGCACCUGGCACAUCAAAGCAGAAGCUCCUGAAGAUAUCCAGAUCUUUACCUCAUACAGACAUGUAGGAAAGGUUUUUGCAUGCCAGCAAUAUAUAAAAAAUGCAAGGAAGAAAAAUAUUGGAUGCUAUAUGAAAGAAAUACAUUUCCAACCAUCAAGGAAAAUAAAUUUAAACAUAACUGUGAAAAAUUUGAGAAAUAGUUCAAGAGAACUGUCUUAUUACAAAGCUUUCACACCUCAGGCAAUAGAGAAGCUGAACCCACCUAUCAAUGUCUCAGUUUCCCUUGAAAACAGAAGUAUUAAAAUUCGCUGGAAACCUCCACCUACUAUUGGUUCAGCAAGGAAAAAGUGUUUUCUGUACCAAGUGAAAAUAACAGAUCAUAAGAUUGCAAAUGUCACUGCAGAGAACUAUAAGUAUCCAUUUCAUAAGCCAGCAAAAAGGUGUGCAGCACAAGUGAGGGUAAAGAAAGAGAUUUGCAUAGCAAACAAGAUCUGGAGUGAAUGGAGUGAACCAGUAUUUAUUCAUGAUGAAAAGACAGUGGAUAUCCUAAUGCUAAGCCUUGCAUUGUUUUGUCCUUUGGUUUUCCUUGGAGGUCUGCUGAUAUAUGCAUGUAGAAGGUAUAGAUGCCUGGAAGUUUUAACCACGCCUGUUCCACAUCCUUCAAAUAAUAUCAAAACGUGGUUAGCAGAUGAGAGUCACCACCAGCAACAUAUGUCAAUGCAAAUGGAGAUGCUCAGGGGUUACUCUGGGAAUACCAGAAGAGAACAGAGAUGAGAACAUUCGACUACAGAAAUGUUUGAAGAAAUUCCUGUUAGAAGACCUAUAGAGAUGACAUGCCUUUUUUAUCUGCAUGCAAAUGUACCUUUCUGUGAGGUGGACAAUAUUCUAACAGAUCAAAGAACAGCUGAUGUAGGCAUUUGUCUGAGUCCAGUAACUUGAAAUACUUUGCACUCUUGACAAAAUGCAACUCUUAAAAUUAGCUUUGGAUUGCAAACACAAAGCAGUAUCUUGCAGUUUGUCUCUAAAAAACCUGAUCCUCAGCCCAGUAAAAUUAGAGCAUCUCAGAAAAUAUGAGCUAAUAUCGAGGUCUAUUUGUGUUAAAAUGAAAUUAGAGUUAGUGUUUCAUAAUGCUGAAAUAGCUUCCAAGUACUCUCUGAUAGAUCAAUUUCUUUUGAAGAUUGGCUGUUCAUACAAAUCUCAUAUUAGUUAUUAACAAGUGGCCAUGAGAAAUGGUAGAAGCAGUAGAUGUUUCUGGAAACAGCAAGAGAAUGUCACAAGUGUUCUCUCAAAAAAAUCAAAGAAAAUCCCUUUCUGAGUCACUGCAUUGUGUAAACACACAUCUACCAGAAAGAAGAGAUAUGCGUGAAGACAAGGUCUUUUAAUGUUGCGGACUUUGCAGUUGGUAAAAUAGAUUUUUAGAGAAAACUUUAAACAAGGUAAAGAAAACAAAGUUUUCUGCUGUAAUGUGAUUUUUUAAGUAAGUUUAACUCAGAGAAGUUAUAAGUUCAGAACUGACCAAUUUUUGCUAUUUAUUUUUCCAUGUCGUUUUAAAGAAUCUUUCCUACUGAUUCCAUGAGAUGAUGAGCUAUGCCAGUCCAUUUUCAGGUACACAAUCAGGGUAGAUUAUUCUAACUCUUAGUUGAGACAAUUUUUCUUUGACUAGAAGAGAUUGAACUGAUUUUGCAAGGAAGACAUUUCUUUUUUGAAAGUGGGAAAAUCAAAACAAUGAUGGACAUAAUUUUCUGAAAGGUUUGGAAGGUACCUAAAAAUUAUGUGCUUUCAUUACUGGUAAUUUUUUCCAUGUCAGAAUAAUAGUGAUUGGAAAAAAAUAACAAUAUAAAAUUUUGUUUGUGCUUUUGAAAUAUAAGGUUUCUAAGAUACCGUUUGGUGUUGAGUCUUGAUUCACCUAACUGUGCUUUUUGUUUUGGUAAAAAGUCCACAAUGGAGAAGAUUACACUAUUUCUCCUUUAUUAUUAAGAAUGGCUGGUGACAACAGGAAACCUCAAUUUCCUUCGUUUUCUGUAAGAUCAGGUUAAUGACCUCAAAAGAACAAUCAGCUUUAGUCAGUAAUGUUACAUUUCCUCUUGCACUGUACUUUUCACAGAAGGUAAAGGUGUCCUUACCUUUGAACAUCAGUGCUCUCCCCUCCAUACCUGUCAGUCUGAUGCCCACAAAAAUCAUCAUGCAGAAUUAAAUUGGAGAUAUCAGUUAAUGAGUCAAGUUUCAGUGGAUAAUUCCUGUAAUAUCUCCUGUGUCUUGAGUGUUGAGGGGAAAACCCUCAGUCAACAGAGUAACUUAUCUUUUGGAUGACCAGACAGCAUGUCUGUGGGUAGACAAUACAAUUUAUCCUGUAGUCGAAUGUUCAGACUUGUUUUCUCAAGAAGAGGGGAAAAUUCUGUAUUUCUGAUAAAAAUCCUUAGACAAGGUAUUUAGAAAUUGUCAUGAAAUCACAGAUUCCUUUCUUGUGAGGAUAUAGAAUGGAUAAAUGAAAAAAAUCACAAUAUAAAUGAGGUAAGAGGGGUAGAGGAGAACUACACUGGCCACUCACAUCUGGAACACAGACAUCAUAGAGUGAAAUCAGGCCACAGUGAAAAUUAUAUUGUUCCUUAAAAUAUAUAUUUUUAUACAUAAAUUUUAUAUAUAUUGGCCUGCAGUGCCUGAAGCCCUAAAGCAGUGCCAGGAUUUAAAUUAAGACAGAGAAUAUACAGAUUAAAGAAAUUUUAUUAUUUUAUUUGAAAAGAGAAGAAUUAAAUAGAAUUCUUUCAGAUUAAAAUUGCUUUUAUUUACAAGAGGCCUUGGUUGAUACACAGAACUUGCCCACAUGAACAUGACAGCCUCCAGAGACACACCACAUAAAACAUUGUAUUAAUACCAGUUGUAUCAAAAAAUUAAUCCUAAAGUGCAAAUUUCAUAAAACAAAAAUCCAGUAUCUGGAACCUUACAAGAAAUAUUUGACCAGCAUAUUCUCAAAAUAGUAUAACUUUUCCUUAAAAUAAAAUAUUAUUCUAUACAUAUCCAACAGCUCUUCUCCAAUAGUAGAUUAAUCUGCAAUACAUACAUAAAGAAAGGUAACGAUC